UUUCCACUUCACAGACAAACAAACUGAAGGUAUAUAAAGUCUGUGUUUCCAUCUCUGAGACAUCCUGUGACCAGAAACUGCUGCUGGAACAGACUCUUCAACUAACCAUCAAAACAAGAUGGCUGCCGGUCUUGUCUUCACUCUGCUUCUUGGUCUGAGCUUUGGACUCUGGGAUGGAGCUGAUGCCGGAUGUAACCUGAGAGUUGACAUAUGUGAAGGGUGUGAAAAGGAUUGGACUUGGUACGACGGUCGAUGUUACCUGUAUGAGAAAACUGCAAAGAACUGGGCUACAGCUGAGAACUUCUGCCUCUCAUUGGGUGCAAAUCUGGCCUCAUUCCACAGUGUAGGGGAGUACAACUUCAUCAGAAAACUUAUCUACAAAGUAACUGGAAAACACACACAAACUUGGGUUGGCGCUCAUGAUUCAGUAGAGGAAGGCUACUGGAUGUGGAGUGAUGGUUCCAAGUUUGUGUUUAAUUCCUGGGGCAAGAAUGAGCCAAACAAUUCUGGUGGAAACGAACACUGCAUGGACAUCAACUUACAUGAACAAGAAAAUGUGAAUGAUUAUGGCUGUUACGAGAAGCUUCCCUUCAUCUGUGCCAGACCCCUGUAACCUUCUCAUGCCUUUUAAUCUGAAAUGUCCAUAUGGCUUUCCUGCUGGUGAUGUCACUUCCACCUGGAUGUCAAGCCUCGAUGACAUCACUGCUGGAAGAAUCUGAUUUCACUUCAUUUGAUCACUUAAAUAAAUAUUUUCUUUCUAUGAAA